AUGGCUGAACCAGCGGCGAUCCUGCUGGAGCUGGGGACGAUGUACUGGAAGGUUGGUUUUGCUGGGGAGUAUGUCCCUCGCAAGAUUGUUCCGAAGAACAUGUUGAGGAGGACAGCAGAGCCAGAGAAAGUGGAGAAGGCGCUCAGAAACGUGUUCAUCAACAUCCUCCUGUGCACUCCACGAGGAAGGAAGGUUGUGUUGUGUGAGAAGGUAACAGAGCAGACCAAGUUUCGAGCUCUCGUGGUCAGCAUCCUGCUGGAGAAGCUUCAGGUUGACUCGGUACAGUUCGUCCCUGCUCUUGUACAGCCUGUCUACGCGUGCUGCCGAGACAAUGAACUCUCGGGGUUGAUGGUUGAUGUUGGUUACUCGGAGACUUGUGUGCUCCCUGUCUACCACGGGCAUCCUCUCGUGCACGCCAUGUCAGUAGCAGAUGUUGGAACGCGGACUGUGCAUGAAUGUCUGGCGGCCCUGGCGGGUGAGAAGGAGCUUGUUCAGUGGCAGUCACCGGCUCCCGAAGACGCGAUCCUGGACCAUGUGGAUGCGCACAGACAAGCAGAGGACAUGGACGAUGUUGUCGUACGAAGUUGCUCUCUCCACCCUGAUGACGAGGGUCACCGAGUGAUGGUCGGUCAGUUCGCGCGAACUAGUGAGCUGCUGAUGGGCAUCUGCUGGGGUUGGAUGUUUGUAAUGUCCUGUUUGGCAUGA